GAUGUGCCAACCCGAGGCCUUCAUAUCUUUUGUACAUUUUCCUCGACCUAUUCCUUCAUCUCCUUCUCUCUCCACCACACCACUUCCCCUCCCCAAUCCCGACAUCUUUUUGUGUUCGCGAUAUUUCUACGGUUUCUUGUUACCAUUACAAAUCUUUAAUUAAUCUGCAUCCUCAUCACAGCAGAAUUUUCCCGGUCAUGUCUACAGUUUUAGGGAAAAGAACGAGGAGCGCAGCAAACUCAGGUACGGCUCUUUUGAGAUGAAUCCUCUUCCACUACUAACAUUCAUGAAGCUACGAAAGCUCCUCUUCCUCCUACCAAGCGAAAGGUGCGCGCAGAUAUCUUCAAUGACGAGAACGAAAACCCUUUCAUCGCCGAGGAUGUCCAAAUUCCUACGCCUCAAACGCCUCGGCACCGCGACGCGCUGUCCAAAAAAAUACCAGUUACACCCCGACACCGCGUCACGGUCGUAGGAAAGGCGCUUACUCCACGAACACCUCGAACUCCAAUGACACCCGGAGGAUCUGUCGCAACAGUUUAUAGCAGAGCUAGACAAAUAUUUACACGAAGUUCGGAUCCUGGAAGACUUGUGGGGAGAGAUGCCGAGAGAGGUGAAUUGACUAGCUUUGUACAAAAUCAUAUCGCCAAUGUUUCUGGAGGAUGCAUUUACGUUAGUGGUCCCCCUGGAACUGGAAAGAGUGCUAUGGUCAACGAAGUUACAUCGGAUCUCGAGGUCUCGGAGACCCUGCAGAAGGCAUAUGUCAAUUGUAUGAGUUUGAAAACUUCGAGUGAUUUGUACGGCACAUUAAUCGAGGCAUUUUGCGAUGGCAUGGAGGUUUUGGAAGGAGAAGAGGUCGACACCCUACAAAAUAUGUUUGCGCCCAAGAAGAAGAGCAAGAGCAGGAAUGUUUACGUGGUAACAUUGGAUGAAAUCGACCAUGUCCUCACCUUGGAUCUGGAAAUAUUGUACACACUUUUUGAAUGGUCUCUACAGGAAUCCUCCCACCUCAUCUUACUCGGCAUUGCGAACGCUUUGGAUCUCACCGACCGAUUUCUCCCUCGACUCAAGGCCCGAAAUUUGAAGCCCGAGCUUCUCCCAUUCCUCCCAUACAGCGCACUCCAGAUCAAGAACGUUAUCAUUACUCGACUAAAGAGUCUUGUCAGCGAAGAUAGUGCUACACCAGAUUACAUCCCAUUCAUGCAUCCCGCAGCCAUCGAAUUAUGUUCUAGAAAAGUCUCAAGUCAAACCGGAGAUUUGCGCAAAGCAUUCGAUAUUUGCCGACGUGCAAUUGACGUUAUCGAGGCAGAAGUGAAGCAAAAGCACGAGGCAGCCUUGAAAGAGCAAUUAUUACUGGCCAGUCCCUCCAAACGACCACUCGAGGAGAACGUCAACCUUGCAUCACCUACCGCAACCAAAAACGGAGGUCAACCAAGAACACUAGCCCAAUCCCUCGCUUCUCUCACCGUAGAAACCGCACCAAGAGCUUCAAUUUCUCACGUCAACAAAAUCACCUCCUCCACCUUCGGAAACGGCGCAAACCAAAGACUCAAGACCCUCAACUUGCAACAAAAAGCCGCGCUUUGCGCUCUCGUCGCCCUCGAGAAACGCAAGCGCUCCGCAGCCGCCAAUGUCCUCUCCACACCCUCGAAAUCCAAUAACGUCGCCCCAACGAUCAAGGCGCUGUACGCCGUCUACUGUACCCUCUGCACCCGUGACGCCAUCCUUCACCCCCUCACUAGCACCGAGUUCCGCGAUGUGGUGGGGAGUCUCGAGACGCUGUCCUUGAUCAGUGCGGUGGAUGGACGGAAUGGUUCAUUUGCGGCGUUGAAUAGCACACCCAGUAAGCGCGCGAGGAAGUUCGGGAUGGGCGUUGGGAGUGGAGAUGAGAAGAGAGUGGGAAGUUGUGUGGGUGAGAAGGAGGUUGCGGCUGCGGUUGAGGGGUUGGGAGCGGGGAUUUUGAAGAGUAUUUUGAGUGGGGAGGGGUUGGAUUAG